UUUCGUCAGCUGUUCACGUCUAUCUGUGUCACUCCCUUAACAACCCCUUUUUCUUAUUAGUUCUCUUCUCUCUGUCUCUUUCUCUUUCUCUUCCUCUUCCUCUGACUCAAUUCCUUCUUUCAUUCUCUUCUUUUAUCGUUUUCUUCACUUGGAUCUCUCUGUUCUUUCUUUCUCAUUUGUUAUCUCUCCGAUGCUAAUCAGAUCUGUGAGAAAAUUUUUUGCACCUUCUCAUGUCUAGACUUUGACUGAGUGCUGAUCAGCUACAGCAGCGGAGCAGUGUUGCAAGAUGGGACAGUGUUACGGCAAGACUAAUCCAACUAACGAGAAUGAUGGAACCACCACCAUAGUUGCCACCGGCAAUCCCAACCAGACGCCCUUGCGACCAUCAACUCCGCGUAAUGGAGCCGUUCGCGUCCCGUCAGUCAAGAACACGCCGGCCAGGUCCUCCAACCCGAGCCCCUGGCCCAGCCCCUAUCCGCAUGGAGUUUCUGCAAGUCCACUGCCAGGAGGUGUCUCGCCGUCUCCGGCGAGGGCCUCGACGCCGAGGAGGUUCUUCCGGCGGCCGUUCCCGCCUCCUUCGCCAGCUAAGCACAUAGCUGCUUCGCUGGCUAAGCGUCUUGGUGGUGCGAAGCCCAAGGAAGGGCCAAUUCCUGAACACGGUGGCAUGGAGCCGGAGCAGCAGCAGCAGCAGUCUCUGGAUAAGAGCUUUGGUUACAGCAAGAAUUUCGGAGCUAAGUACGAGCUGGGGAAGGAGGUAGGGAGAGGGCAUUUUGGUCAUACUUGCUCUGCUAGAGUGAAAAAAGGGGAGUUCAAAGAUCAGCCUGUUGCUGUGAAGAUCAUAUCCAAAGCCAAGAUGACAACAGCAAUAUCAAUUGAAGAUGUUCGUAGGGAGGUAAAAAUAUUGAAAGCAUUAUCAGGGCAUAAGCAUCUUGUCAAAUAUUAUGAUGCAUGCGAGGAUGCUAAUAAUGUGUACAUAGUCAUGGAAUUGUGUGAGGGUGGCGAGCUGUUAGACAAAAUUUUAGCAAGAGGAGGAAGGUACACAGAGGAAGAUGCAAAAGCUAUAGUUGUGCAAAUCCUUUCAGUGGUGUCAUUUUGUCAUCUUCAAGGCGUUGUACAUCGUGACCUAAAGCCAGAGAAUUUCCUUUUCACUUCGAGGGAUGAUGAUGCUGAUAUGAAGCUUAUUGAUUUUGGUCUUUCUGACUUUAUCCGGCCAGAUGAAAGACUUAAUGAUAUUGUUGGAAGUGCAUACUAUGUUGCACCUGAAGUCCUUCAUAGAUCUUACAGUCUGGAGGCAGAUAUAUGGAGCAUUGGUGUUAUUUCCUAUAUUUUAUUAUGUGGAAGCCGGCCUUUCUGGGCACGGACAGAAUCAGGAAUUUUCCGUGCAGUGCUGAGAUCUGAUCCCAACUUUGAUGAUUUACCCUGGCCUUCUGUCACUCCAGAGGCCAAGGAUUUUGUUAAGAGGCUCCUGAACAAGGAUUACAGGAAAAGGAUGACUGCAGUCCAGGCUCUAACUCAUCCAUGGUUGCGGGAUGAUAGUCGUCCUAUACCUCUAGACAUAUUGGUCUAUAAACUAGUAAAAGCAUACCUGCAUGCUACACCUUUCAAACGUGCAGCAUUAAAGGCUCUUUCAAAAGCGUUGCCUGAGGAUGAGCUUGUAUAUCUUGGAGCUCAAUUCAGGCUGUUGGAACCAAAUAGAGAUGGAAGUGUCACUGUUGACAACUUCAGAAUGGCUCUAGCACGCCAUGCAACUGAUGCCAUGAGGGAAAUGAGGAUUCCUGAUAUUCUUAACACGAUGGAGUCCCUUGCUUACAGGAAAAUGCACUUUGAUGAGUUCUGUGCAGCUGCAAUCAGCACAUAUCAAUUAGAGGCACUUGAGGGGUGGGAUCAAAUUGCCUCAACUGCAUUUGAGCAUUUUGAAAGGGAGGGUAACAGGGUCAUCUCUAUUGAAGAACUGGCUAGAGAAUUGAAUGUUGGCCCUUCAGCUUAUUCAUUCAUCAAAGAUUGGAUCAGAAACUCGGAUGGAAAGCUUAGUUUACUUGGAUAUACGAAAUUUUUACAUGGUGUGACUCUCCGUAGCUCAAAUACAAGACAUCAUUAGGUUAUAACCUUUUACAUAUAGGUUUUUCUUUUUGCUUAAAUUUAUAAUUUCUCCCAAAUUUGUAGCAUUUGGAGGACUUGGGGGGGGGGGGGGGGGUUGGGUUGGGGUACAGAAAAAUGUGCAUAAAUGAAUGUGUUGGUGAAGUCAGAUCUUGAGAUUUCCUUGACGCGUCCCAAUUUUUUCAAAUUUAUGUGUUGGGAUUGGGAGUUGUUGCUUCAUUUAUCUAAGAAGAGCAAUGAUCCCCACACUAACAAUUAUUUUUUAGUAAAGAUUGCUACCAUACCAUAUAUCAGUACAAACGAGGGCCUAUCUUUCCUCACUAGUUAGUGGUGCCUACUGCCUAGGCAUCGUCUGAUUUCUGGAAUUAGACAGCUUUUACAAAGUGAAGCUUGAAUGUUUUGCUUCAAUUUUUAUUUGUUAAUUUAUUUUUCCCUG